AUGGGGUGGGAUUGGUGCUGGAACGCACCUGCAAACAGCCAGCUCCAGGAAGAGCUGACAAACGGAAAGGGGCCAACAACAGAAGCUGACGCGCGGGAAAAGGGGGCCCAACAAAAGGAAGGCGAUGAGGGAGAACUCCAGGAAGCAGCCACGUGCAGGCUCAGCGCCGCAGCGCCAGAGCCAGCCAGCAAGCCGAGGCAGCCGGUCAAACACCGCUGCCCAGCUGACGCGCGGGAAAAAGAGGAAGGCUGCAACAAACAGAAAGAACGCCCGGGAAGUAGGCAAACAACAUGCUUCUUUAUUGCUGGCUGGGUAGAGAACUCAACUGAAACUGAAAAGCAGAGCAAAGGAAAGCCCAAGCUGCCACAUGAUGCUGGAUCAACAUUUUCAUCAAGCUGUCCACUACGACCCCUAGUUCUUGUUCCUGGUCAGUCACCACCAAUUCAGACCCUCCCAUUCCUGAAUCCUGAUCCACAAGAGGACCUCUUCUCUUCACAGAGAACCACCAUGAAAAAGCAACGAACACAGAAGGGGGAGAGUGUGAGGCUUUUGUUUGAUUUAUUCAUUGUAGGAAUAAAAAAUAAUGAAGAGAUGCAUUUUUAUUUCUGCGCUUUGGAAAAUUUGUGA